CGCCUCCAAAGUUUCCCGGAGGAGUCGCGGCCGCCCUUCCUUCCCAGGCUCCGGCCGUGGGGGCGACCUGCGGGUGCGGACUGUUUCCGAGGGCAGCGGGGCCCCCUCUCCAGGCCGACCCCACGCCUCCAUCGCGUCCAACUCGGAUUCCAACUUGGGAGGCGCCGCGGGCCUGCGCACGCGCGCCUUCCUCGCCACCACCUCCUCCUCCUCCCAUCGGGAGCAGGCUCCGGGCAGACCGGGCGCCCAGACCCGCGCCCGGCGCCCCGACCUCCAGCAGCGGCCCGCCGCCUCCGCGCAUGCCGACGCCGGCCGCCCGCCCGGUGCGCCCUCGCCGGAGGGCCAGCUGAACGCGGGCCGGCGGCGGUGCAAGGUGGGCCCGGCCCGGCGCUGCCCUCGACAGCGGCAAGUUUGGGAGUUGCACUAGUUUGCAGGGUGCGGGAAAGGCCGGGCGGGGGGCCAUGGAGGAGGACAGUGGGUCUUCGCCCGCGACCGAGUCGGCGCUGGAGAAGAACGUGGCGGAGCUGACCGUCAUGGACGUGUACGACAUCGCGUCGCUCGUGGGCCACGAGUUCGAGCGGGUCAUCGACCAGCACGGUUGCGAGGCCAUCGCGCGCCUUAUGCCCAAGGUCGUGCGCGUCCUGGAGAUCUUGGAGGUGCUGGUCAGCCGCCACCACGUCGCUCCCGAGCUGGAUGAGCUGCGCCUCGAGCUGGACCGUCUGCGCCUGGAGAGGAUGGACCGCAUCGAGAAGGAGCGCAAACACCAGAAGGAGCUGGAGCUGGUGGAGGACGUGUGGCGAGGGGAAGCACAGGACCUUCUCUCCCAGAUCGCACAGCUGCAGGAGGAGAACAAACAGCUCAUGACCAACCUCUCCCACAAGGACGUCAGCUUCUCUGAGGAGGAGUUCCAGAAGCACGAAGGCAUGUCAGAGCGUGAGCGGCAAGUGAUGAAGAAGUUGAAGGAGGUGGUGGACAAGCAACGCGAUGAGAUCCGCGCCAAGGACAGGGAGCUCGGGCUGAAGAGUGAGGAUGUGGAGGCUCUGCAGCAGCAGCAGGUACGGCUGAUGAAGAUCAACCAUGACCUCCGGCACCGCGUCACAGUGGUGGAGGCCCAGGGGAAGGCCCUGAUUGAGCAGAAGGUGGAACUAGAGGCAGACCUGCAAACCAAGGAGCAGGAGAUGGGCAGCCUGCGGGCGGAGCUGGGAAAGCUGCGAGAGAGGCUGCAGGGUGAACUCAGCCAGAACGGGCAGGAGGAGCCUGAGACGGAGCCAGGAGAGGAGGAGUGUGUCUCAGAGGCAGAGAAGGUGGCCAUGGAUCUCAAGGACCCCAACCGCCCCCGAUUCACACUGCAGGAGCUGCGGGACGUGCUGCACGAAAGGAACGAGCUCAAGUCCAAGGUGUUUUUAUUGCAGGAGGAGCUGGCAUACUAUAAGAGUGAAGAGAUAGAAGAGGAAAACCGAAUACCCCAACCUGCACCCAUCGUUCACCAGAGAAUGUCCCCCCAGCCGGAGUCUGGGAUCAAACGACUGUUUAGCUUCUUCUCCCGAGAUAAGAAGCGCCUGGCUAACAUGCAGAGAAAUGUGCACGUCCAGGAGUCCUUUGGCCAAUGGGCCAACUCCCGCCGUGAUGACGGUUACACGGAGCAAGGACAGGAAGCCCUGCAGCAUCUGUGACUGUGGCCCACCUCUGCCCUUGGACCUGAACCAGCCAGUGCCUGCAACCGAACCUGGCAGCCCCAGCUGUUACUACCUUGCACACCUCUUGGUUCAGACGCACCUUCAAAACUGGUCCCUCAAACAGACUGUCUGCUUUGAGGAAGAACAUUGAAAAACUGAUGCCAAACCCUAAAGAAAUGUUUAUUUAUACCCAAGGCUAUCACUGUUUAUAAUAGAUGACUGAUCUCUUAGGAUAUAUAUUUAAUAAUACCAUGAGCAGGGGACAGACUUUUGCAUUAACUUCAGUAACACAAGCUUCUUUAUGCCAAAUACAUGACUUGUCACUAUAA